UCUUCUUACGUGGCAACGUGUCAAGCACCCGGCGAGAGACACACUGAGCACAAAGACAGAAUAUUAAUUAAAUUCAUUAAUACAUUUGCGUUAUUGUUUCGGUUAUCGAUACAGUUAAAGUCCUUCUUUUAAAUCAUCAUGGGGCUCACGAUCUCAUCGCUUUUUGGGAGACUUUUUGGCAAGAAACAGAUGAGAAUACUGAUGGUGGGUUUGGACGCUGCAGGUAAAACGACAAUACUGUACAAGCUUAAACUGGGAGAGAUUGUCACCACUAUUCCUACUAUAGGUUUCAAUGUUGAGACUGUUGAAUACAAGAACAUCUGCUUCACCGUGUGGGAUGUCGGCGGUCAGGACAAGAUCCGUCCUCUCUGGAGACACUAUUUUCAGAACACCCAGGGUUUGAUCUUUGUAGUGGACAGUAAUGACAGAGAGAGAGUGGCAGAGUCUGCAGAGGAGCUUUCGAAAAUGUUACAGGAAGAUGAACUGAGGGACGCCGUGUUGCUGGUUUUCGCUAACAAACAGGAUCUACCUAACGCCAUGGCUGUCAGUGAACUCACAGACAAACUGGGUCUGCAGAGUCUACGCAGCAGAACGUGGUAUGUUCAAGCAACCUGUGCUACACAAGGCACUGGACUCUAUGAAGGACUGGACUGGUUAUCAAACGAGCUCUCCAAACGCUAGCGUGCCGGCCGGUGGAGGAGAGAUGCACGUGAACUUUAGAAUGACAGAGGGUAUCAGCUUAUAUACUCUGUCCUCAAGAACUUGUGUGUGUGUGUUUGGGAUGUACAGGUGUGGAGGAGCUAUCAAGUGUUCAGCAUCACUCUAAUCUAUCUGUCUUUUUCUAUGCUGUAUUCCUUCUAAUGUUCUUUUAAUUUUUUUCCUUUAUAAAUCUUGAUUGUUUUCUAUGACUGUUAAAACCCAUGCUUAAAUUGCACGUUUACUUGAUAACUAUGAGAGCAUUAUGGCACAAGAAAGAGGAAGUUUGGGUGGAAUUCUUGGUAGAGGGGACAGUAUCACGCAAGUUUGGAGUAGAGUAACUGCUCCCGGUUGCAGUGCUGCCUAACCGGACUCUUCCGAGUUUCAGGACCCGCUGCUCUAUGAACAUUCCAUUUCAUGGCAGGUAAUUUUACUCUAGUGGGUUGUUUUGCAAAGCCUCACAUUAACUUAUGUUGCAAAAGGUUCUUGAAAGGAUAGUUCACUCUGGAAAUGAAAAUUCUGCCAUCAGUUUGUCACCCUCAUGUUUUUCUAAAUCCAAAGUGUCCCGUAUGAGUAAAUGAUGACAGAUUUAUUUAUUUAUUUAUUUUUAUUUUGAGUGAACUAUCCCUUGAAUUCAUGUUGCAAAAGGGUCAUUCCAGGGUCUUUACCACCAACUGAUUCUUUGAUGUUUGGAACAUAAUGGUACAUGAAGUAUUGACAGCAAUAUGGAACCAUCCAAUUGACCUCCUGUGUUGUCAAAUGCCUCCAUUGAACAAAAUGUUAGUAAAUGUUUUAUUUGAAAGCAUUUGAACAGCUCAGAGUACCUUGAAUUUUCUGAGGUUUGACGUCAUUGCAUGUUUGGGAUUGGACGGGGAUGAACCGUUCCAAAAUCCCAGAAUUCUGGACAAUGCAGCUUCAAUCUGCUCCAUAUGUCUUUUCUUUUCAUACUUGUUAAAAGGAUGGAUGCAUGUUGGCACCUUGGGAAGGUGCAUUGGGUAAGAAAUUUUGUAUGGACACUCCAAUAAGGCCCUUGUUUCUGGUCAAGCUGAGCCAAAAGAGGGUUGUUGUGAUCUUCUGCAUUUCCCCAUGCUGGCGUUUGCCCUACCUUUGCUCGAACUGUGCCACAAGGUCCACCCCUGUGAGAGAAUAAAGACUGAUCAAAAUAAAAUGGACCGCUUGAAUUCUCAAAUUUUGUUUUUUUUAUUACAUUUGUUUUGUAUGCAUUGGAUGUGAAAUAUUGAUUGGGUUAAUUGAUUUUCACUGGUAAGAUUAGUUGCCUUUCAAAAGGGCUUUUCAUGCCCAAAGACCUUAAAGGAAUAUUCCGGGUGUAAUACAAGCUGAGCUCAAUCAACUGCAUUUGUGGCGUAAUGUUGAUUACGUUUUAAAAACGAAGCAAAAAUCAGGUUACAGUGAGGCACUUACAAUGGAAGUGAAUGGGGCCAAUUUUUGGAGGGCUUAAAGGCAGAAAUGUGAAGCUUAUAAUUAUAUAAAAGUAUUUACUUUAAUUCUUCUGUUAAAACUCGUGUAUUAUAUGAGCUGUAAAGUUGUAUACAUCAUUUUUACGGUCGUUUUAGGGUUUACUGCGUUAUGCUGUCAUGGCAACAAGUUUGAUAUAACUUUACACAGAACAGGUUAGUAAGCGAUGUUAUCACACUAAAAUGUUAACGUGCAUAUACUUGUAGCUAUACUUUUGAAAAUGUAUUUUAUUUUUUACGGAUUUGCCCCAUUGACUUCCAUUGUAAAUGCCUCACUGUAACCUCGAUUUUUGCUUUUUCUGAAAGAAAAGGAGGGACAAGUCAAAAUCAGUUUUUGUGGUAAUCAACACAAUGCCACAAAUGCUGUCGAUUGACCUUAACUUGCAUUGAACCCGGAGUAUUUCUUUAUAGGCUGCAUUAUUGCAUAUGUUUACAGUGGGUAAUUGAAUAUGAAAAUGGCCUCUUAAAUUACACAGUAAGUCUGCUAGAUUUUAAUGCCCUCAUAGUCUUCCAAAUAACCUAAAAAAAAAAAAAGCAUUUUAAAUUAGCUUUUAAUGCUUUUAAUUUGCAUCUUAUGCUGCUUUCUAAUUCAUAUUCAAUACAAAUGUGUUUGAAAUCCCCUUACAUUGCUUCACAUAAAGUUGAUUAUUUGCAUGUUCAAAAUGGUUUCUAAAUGUUUAAAAUGCAGUUUUAAAACAGUUUGAUGAAGUUAUUGGAGUUUCAGCACCGACACAAUACAUUCCAGAACAUCUGAAAAAUUGUAAAUUAUAUUUUAAGAAAAACAGUUUUGUAAUGUCAUUGAAAAAUGAUGCAACAGAGUGUCACUCAAAAUGACUGUAGUGAUCACUAUGGCAGAAGAGUGAGCUGUUUUAUGCACAUAUACGCUUACAGUAUUUGGACAAUGAAAAAUGUGCUGUUGUCUGGCUUUUUUUAUUUUAUAUAGCAUAACAUGUCCUUUAAAGAUGCACUGGAUUACAGUAAUCUUAAUUCUCAUGGGCUCAAAGGUGCACUCUGUAAUUUUUUCUUCAUUAAAAAAGGUUUUA